UGUACAGUGUGUAUUGGAUCAGAUUCCCGCGUUGAAGGAUCCAACCCUUUGCAAUUUCAUCCAAUCCUCAUUGCUUCGCGCCCUUAAUCAACCUGAAUACUUCUUUGUCCAAACCCGCCAACGCAAGCUCUCGGCCAGUUGAUCCGGGGGAUUCUGGUCACCACCGCAACAGCACGUGCAAAACAAGUUCCCAUCAAGAGACCUGUGCCGUGUGGGACUUCUCAAUCCUCUCGCGACCCUUUGUCAAGAAAGUGAGGAUUGGUCGGCACUUGCUAAACUCUUUUUUCUACCCUGGUAGAACUUGUGCGGAAAUAGCGUCUCUCCGACGAGAGAAUCCGAUCAAGCCUUCAACUUUGGCAUUCCGAGCCCACACUUCCCCUCCGUUUCGCAAUCAUGAGGCUCACGGCCGACCUGAUCAACAACUCGUUGUCAUAUUUAAAUCCACUCAAGGAGCGGGAGCUUGACCUACGAGGCCAUAAAAUCCCUAUCAUCGAGAACCUUGGUGUUGCCGGGCCACAAGAUGCCAUCGACUUCACAGACAACGACAUCGCCACAAUCUCCAAUUUCCCCCUCUCCCCUCGGUUAAACACGCUGCUAUGUGCGCGAAAUCGGAUACAGAGCGUCGACAAAAGAAUUGCAGAACAAAUACCAAACUUGACAACGCUGGUACUCACUGCGAAUCACGUCAAAGAGCUGGCAGAUCUCGACGGGUUGAGUUUAUGUGGAAAGUUGACACAUCUCUGUUUGCUGGAGAAUCCGGUAACGAGAAAAGAACACUACAGACUCUACCUGAUAUGGGCAAAUCCGUCGUUACGAUUCCUUGACUAUCAAAAGGUCCGAGAGGCCGAGCGCGAGCAGGCCACUGAAUUGUUUGGCACCGCUGAAGAGCCCUCGGAAUUGGCAGCAAGGAUUAAAGGUGUCAAGACCAGAUCAUUCGACGUAUCGGGUGCCGGCGUCAACGGCAAGGCAGAGGGUAAACGGAAAGGUGUACGGACACAAUUGACAGAGACGGAGAAGAAGAGAGUGCAAGAAAUGAUCAAGAAUGCAAAGAGUCUAGCCGAAAUCACAAGCAUAGAGAAAGAUCUCGCCGAAGGUCGCAUACCAGCCGGUGCAGCUGAUGCAGAUAGAAUGGUGUCAUAAACGAUGUCGCGAGUGUAAAGACCAGGACGACACCUCGAAUCUGUAGUGGUUGGCAAAGCAUUCAUGACCUUGUAACAUAGCGCCGCCAAUCUAUCAGGUUCUUCUCACACGAGCAGUUUGAAAAUAAACCUUUACCGG